UGCCGGUGGGACGAGCUCCGGAGGGUUAAAGCGCUCGGAAGGUGAUAAUAACUCUGCGCUGGGAUCGGGUGCAAUUGGCAUUGGCCUGCACGUGACCUGCCAAGCUCCGGGUGACAGGUACCGGGGCUCCUAAUGAAUUUCCCAAAGGCUUGGAUCUGAACGCCGCCGCCGCCGCUGUCGUCCCGGGGCUGCCCGCUAAAGCUGCCGCCGGCUGCCUAGCUCCUCUCCAUCCUCCCCAAGGUCUCCCAUGGAAGCAGCGUGCAACAGGUCAGUUCUGCUACAGGAGCCCGAGGUGGCCUUUUAUUUCAUUCCUCCUUCCCCGCGCUGCUUCUGAAAGGCUGGAGAAAACGGUAAGAGCGGGCGGCCCCCGGGCACGGGAAUGGGAAGCGGGACCAGUCAGCGUUGCCAACGCCGAGUCUCAGGCAUCCUCCGCAGCCCAUCCCCGGGGCGGCCGACCGCCAGCCUGCGCUGCCGCGACGGGCACGAAGGUCCGGGAGGAGCAUGGCCCUCGAGAGGCUCGGGAAAGCCCUGGGCGGCAUCCCCCCCUUGCAAAUCUCCCUCCUGCUUCUCCUGUGCCUGCUCGCCGCCAUCCAACUGGGCAAGCUUCUCCUGCAGCAGCAGCAGCGCCGGCGGCAGGGCCAGCGCCGGUCGCCGCCGGGCCCUUUCCCCUGGCCCCUGAUCGGCAACGCGGCGCAGCUGGGCAGCGCCCCGCACCUCUCCUUCGCCCGCCUGGCCAGCACCUACGGCGCCGUGUUCCAGCUGCGCCUGGGGCGCUGGCCCGUGGUGGUGCUGAACGGGGAGCGCGCCAUCCGCCAGGCCCUCGUCCGCCAGGGGGCCGCCUUCGCCGGCCGCCCGCCCUUCCCAUCCUUCCAGCUGGUGUCGGGCGGGCUCAGCCUGGCCUUCGGCGGCUACUCGGAGCUGUGGAAGCUGCACCGGCGGGCGGCGCACGCCACGGUGCGCGCCUUCUCCACGGGCAGCCCCGCCACCCGCCGCCUGCUGGAGCGGCACCUGGUGGGCGAGGCGCGGGCUCUGGUGGCGCUGCUGGUGCGGGGCAGCGCCGGCGGCGCCUUCCUCGACCCCUCUCGCGUCCUGGUGGUGGCCGUGGCCAACGUGAUGAGCGCCCUGUGCUUCGGCCGCCGCUACAGCCACGGCGACGGAGAGUUCCUGCGCAUCGUGGGGCGCAACGAGCAGUUCGGGCGGGCGGUGGGCGCCGGCAGCCUGGUGGACGCGCUGCCCUGGCUCCAGCGCUUCCCCAGCCCCAUCCGCGCUGCCUACCGCGCCUUCCGCGACCUCAACCGCGACUUCUACGGCUUCGUUCGCGGCAAGUUCCUGCAGCACCAGCGCAGCCUGCGACCGGGGGCCGCCCCCCGCGACAUGAUGGACGCCUUCAUCCGCCUGCAGCGGGAGCAGCCGCGCCUGCAGCUCGAACACGUGCCCGCCACUGUCACCGACAUCUUCGGCGCCAGCCAGGAUACCCUCUCCACGGCCCUGCAGUGGCUCCUCAUCUUUCUCAUCAGGUAUCCAAAAGUGCAGGCUAAAAUGCAAGAAGAAGUGGAUAGGAUUGUUGGAAGAGACCGUCUGCCAUGCGUGGAAGAUCAGCCUCACCUGCCCUACAUCAUGGCCUUCUUGUAUGAAUCCAUGCGUUUCAGCAGCUUUGUGCCUGUUACUAUCCCACACGCCACCACAACCAACACCUUCAUAAUGGGCUACCUCAUUCCCAAGGACACCGUGAUUUUUGUAAAUCAGUGGUCAGUGAAUCAUGAUCCAGCAAAAUGGUCCAACCCUGAGGAUUUUGAUCCAACAAGAUUCCUGGAUGAGAACGGAUUCAUCAAUAAAGAUCUUACUAGCAGUGUGAUGAUUUUCUCAUUGGGAAAACGUCGGUGUAUUGGAGAGGAGUUAUCCAAGGUGCAGCUCUUUCUCUUUACCUCUAUACUGGUGCAUCAGUGCAAUUUUACUGCUAACCCAAAUGAAGACCCGAAAAUGGACUUUACCUAUGGGCUGACCAUUAAACCUAAGCCAUUUACCUUGAAUGUUACACUAAGAGAUACUAUGGAUUUGCUUGAUCAGGCUGUCCAAAGACUGCAAGCAGAGAAAGUAGCCAAUGAAAAUCAGCUGUCAGCAAAUGCCUAAGCAAUAAACCUUGCAUCUAAAGAUAAUCCCUCUCUCUCUUUUUAGAUUUAUAUGACUUAGAGUUUGUUCUGGUGAUCUUUUUGGAACUUAGCCAAUAUUACAAGUCAUAAGAGCAGGAAGAAAAGCUGCACAAAGUAUAAUUCAGUCCUCUUUUUAGUUCUAGAAGGAGAGCCAGGGGAACAAUUUAAUAUAUUAAAUAAUAAAACAUAUGCAAUUUGAAAGUAAACUUUUUCUUUUCUAGCUUGUACACAGAAGUUGCCAUUGUAAAGCGCUUUUUAUCUAUUGACUGGUUGGAGCAUCUCCAGGAACUGUCUCUACAAUCCUUGCCAUGUCUCCAUGUGCUAUGCCUUAACUCUAGGUUUGCCUUCAGUGACUCCGCAUCCCAAAGUGAAAUUUCUUAUUAAAAAGAAAAAAAAAAAAAGAUUAAAAAAAAGGGUUGUUUAGAACACUGCAGCCUGCCUCUGAAUUCCCUCUACUGGAAACUGCCAUGCUCCUGUGUUGUGACUGCUGGGAUGUACAUUAAUGCCUCAAUAGUAAGUGUUCAAGUGAUUUUUGGUAAAAUAACAAUGUAAAGUCUAGCCUUAAGCAUUCCAAAGUGUUUACAUAAAUGAUUAAAAAAAUAAAAGCCUUCCUUAUAAGCA